AUGGCUGGGAUAGCUAUUAUCUUUUUCACUUCAGUUUCGGCUUUGAGAGCAGAUUCUUUGCGCGCUUACGCUCCAAGUCAACAUUUAUACAGCACCUACGCAGAUGAAACGUCCGGAUCAGAAAUGUCAAACAAAAAUGGAAAUUCAUGGAUCGAAAACGAUGGCCUGUACAAGUACGGUGCCUCUACAAAUGCAACUCGAUAUUCAAAAAGGCGCGAAGGCAGUAAAAGAACGACUGAAGAUGAAAUUGGUAUGUUAUUAUAC